GCUCGUGCGGGGACGCGAUUAGCGAUCGCCUGAGCGGUCACGAGGCUGCUCCAGGCCAACAGUGGAUGGCUUGGCCUCCAUUGUCUAGGAAAGCGGCAUGACAACCAACCAGCUUCCGACCUGGUGCACCUCGAGUGGCGAAGGAUGCCGGCCAUUUCCACGACGAGGCAUAUCCAGGUUGAUCUCUGCCAACCAGUCCGGAAGACGGCUCUGGUAAUGCUCACAGAACGGCCUGGAUCACACCGACUCUACGACAGAGAAUGGUUGGGUCAACCAAGCUUGCCCAUACAGAAUCGCUACACACAUCGUACACCAGCCCCGGUGCAGCUGAGGAUCGAAUGGUCACAUGCAGCUCCAGGAGCCUGUGUCUUUGCCACAACGAUACCACGCCGAGCCGACAGUAUGCUUGCUUCUUACCACAGGGCGGCAACACGACACUACACACAACCACCAGGGCGUAUCGAUACCUCUCCUCCGACUGGAGCCCCUCAAAGCGAUCGACAUGUCUCUACACACACCAGGAAUAGCACUGUGCUGUGAAGCGCCAGCUUGCCUCAACGAUGGACACCCGCCACUUGC